UACUCACGAAAUGAUUACUUCCGGCUAGGUGAAAUAUUGUUCAAGAUCAUUGCGAAAUUAGUCACUUUUUGAUUGCUUUUUAUUUAUUUGAAAAUACAUCAGAUACUUAAAUAUUUUAAACGGAGUUUGGGGCGAAUUAUAAGAUAUUCAUAUUUUCAAGAUGUCAGGGUUUUUCUCGAAGAAACCGACCGUAGAACAACAAUUACGUCAAAAUGAAAGAGUUAUGAAGAAACAACAGCGAGAUGUAGAUAGAGAUCGAGGUAAACUGGAGAAAGAAGAGAAAAAAAUAGAAAUGGAAAUAAAAAAGGCAGCUAAACAAGGAAAUAAGCAAGCAGCAACUAUAUUAGCUAAACAAUUAGUAGCAUUACGUAAACAAAAGACUAAAACCUAUGCUGUGAAUUCGAAAAUUGGAGCCAUUGGGAAUCAACAGAAAUUGAUGCAUUCAAAUAUGAAGAUGGCCAAUGCAAUGGGAACCACAACUAAGACAAUGGUUCAAAUGAAUAAAGUAAUGGAUCCACAGAAGACAAUGAAAACUAUGCAAGAGUUUGAAAAAGAAUCUAUGAAAAUGGGAAUGACCGAAGAAAUGAUUGAUGAUACAUUAGAUGAUAUAUUAGGAGAAUCAGGAGAUGAAGAAGAACAAGACGCCAUUGUAUCUCAGGUUUUAGAUGAAAUUGGUAUUGAAAUUACAGGAAAGAUGGUGAACGCUCCUUCAGCACAUGGUGGUAAAUUAGGUGAAUCUUCUAAGGCUAAAGGUGCGACUGAUGAUGAAAUUGAGAAACAGUUAGCUGCUUUGAAAGAUUUAUAGUUGUUCUUUUGUAUUCCCUCCAAUAUCUGUAUAUUUUGUUAAUUUGUGUAAAUAUUAAUUAAUAAAUAAACUUGUGUAUAUGUGUAUGAUAUAAAUGAAAACAAGGAACAAAUUAGGUGUACAGAUCAUUAUUGUAAUUAUUGAACAUGUAUGACGCUGCCUUGAUGGCUGCGCUUUACAAUACAAAAAAAUAUAUUCAUUUUGUAGAGGAAAUGAACACUUUGAAAAAUUAAUAUAUGUUAUUGAGUACUCACUGCUUCUUGAAAAUAUGUUGUUUUGAUACAUUUAGUUGUUUCUUUUUGGCUGUGUAACUCAACUCAAAGAACAGCAGGUAAUCAUAAGUCUUUUUGGGCAAAUUUUUGUCUUACAGUAUGCAUUUUCACAUGGCAGAAUUCUUUAUUUUGUUGCAGUGAAAAGAUAUCUUAUAAUAAGAUAUAGUAAAGUUUAUAAAGCUUACUGUUCUUUUUAUGUAAAAUAAAACAAAAGAGUGCAAUAUGGAUAUGAAUAUUCAUUGCAUGCAUACAUUUGUAAACUUGUAAUGGUCUUGUGUGUAAAAAAAGGGGUAUACACUAUGUACAGUGUAUAAUAUUCAAAAGUAUCAUUGUUAAUUUAAAUUGUUCAAGUGUGAUUAUUUUAUAUUGAAAUAAUUGUUAUCUGGGUUAAAAUUCAUAAAUAAAAACUAUUAUGAAGUUUUUGUUUUGGUAAUAUUAAGUUAUUAAAUAAUAAUUGAGACGAUCUAUCUGUGGUAGCACCAUCACAGUCUAAAAUAUAAAGAAAAAGAAAGUGCCUGGUUUUUAUUGUUGAUAAAUUUUCAAUAUGCUGUUUUAAUAAAUAAAAAAUAUAUACUGACA